UUUGAACAUUCUGAUCUAAACUAUUUCCAUCUUUUAAAAAAACACAGAUUCUUCUACAGAUUAAUAAUAGACAACAAGGAGUACCCUGUGGCUGAGGGUAGGAGUGCCAAAGAAGCCCGACAAAAUGCAGCUCGACUUACCUGGUCUGCUCUUAAAGAACAGACAGAUUGGGACAGCAAGGUGUCUGUCAGGUCAACACUGUCGGAGGAUGGUGCACCGCCAUCAUCAUCAUCAUCAACUCCACAGGAGUCCCAUGAGGCAUCAUCACAAAGAACGUCAGUGAGUACAAGUUGCUCAAUACAAUUCACAGAUACAUCCAACCCUUCCAGAGCUCAGAUGCCCUUAGGGUCUGAAAAUGGUGCACCAUCCAGGUUGUCGACUUCACUGAAGUCUCUUGAAUCAUCACAAAGCAUGUCCUCGGGUACAAGUGGCUCUGAAAUAUUCACAGAUUCAUCAAACUCUUCCAAUGAUCAGCAUGCUGUCAAAAAGAAGACAUCCGCCCCGUCAAGGUUUACUUCAGACUUUGAUCACAUUGAGUAUCUUGGCUUUGGAGGCUACGGUUCGGUUUACAAAGCAAGGCGUAAACUAGAGGAGAAGUAUUAUGCUGUAAAGAUUGUAAGCAGUGACGAGAAAGCUUUUCGAGAGGUGGGGACAUUAUCAGACCUCCUCCACCAUAAUGUCAUCAGAUAUUUCAAUUGUUGGAUCGAGGAUACAAGCUACGAAGACGGCAUCUCAGCUGGAAGCUCAGCUGGAAGCUCAGCUGGUGGUUACAGCGAUGCCCAGUCUACAGAUGAUCCAUCUGUAAAGUUCCUUUAUAUUCAGAUGGAGUUGUGCAAAAUGAAAACACUUAAGGAAUGGAUUGAUGAGAAGAACACUCAGUCUCCGCAAGACACAAAGAGACGACAAGAAAGUCUAAGCAUUGCUCAGCAAAUAGUCAGUGGAGUUGAAUAUAUUCACUCAAGGGGGCACAUCCACAGAGACCUAAAGCCUGACAACAUCCUGUUUGGACUGGAUGAUAAAGAAGUGAAGAUUGGUGACUUUGGUCUGGUCACCACAGAUGAUGACGCUUUGAUUGACAGAACAGAGAACAGAGGAACCGAAUCUUACAUGGCCCCUGAACAAGUGGGGAAGACAUAUAAUCGAAAAGUGGACAUAUUUGCUCUGGGGUUGAUAUACUUGGAACUCCUGUGGAAAGUCUCUUCUGGCCAUGAAAGAGGAGAGGUUUUAACAAAUGCAAGAAGACAGAUUCUCCCGACAGACUUUUCACGGGCCUUCCAAGUAGAGAACCUAAUCAUCAAGAAAAUGCUACAUGAGAAGCCAGAGGUGCGACCUGAAGCAAGUGAUCUGAAGGAACAGCUGGACAAGUUGGCUCAGGCAGAAAAUGAGUCCCAGAAAAGGGCAACUGUGUGAUUAUCACAAUGAAUUGUGACAAGUCUUAUGAGGGUAAUGAGAUCUGUCUGUCAUCUGAUGAACAUAUUUGAUAUACUGUUUAGGUGAUGUUAUUAAUAUUUAUUGACGAAUGGUUAAUGUACUGCACUUAAACAGUGAUUUAUCUGAACUUCAACUUAGCACCGUCUUGUAUGCACUUACAGGAGUUCAUUUAUCAUGCAAAUUGAGAAUUAGUAGUUUAAUA